AUUUUCACGAAAGCCGGUUAAACAUGCAGUGUGGAGGAUGAGAAUUGAGAACGAAGAAGAUAAACAUAAACCUCGCCAAAUCUUCAACUCAAUCCUCACAAUUUAACACAUAGUUUCACUCCACUUUCUUCAUCAAUGGCAUAUCUUUCCCACUUACACUUCCCCACCCCCAUCUCUUACUACACCACCCCCAAAACCCCAAACACCAUUUUCUCAUUUCACAACAUUCUCCCCUUUCCCACUUCAAUUCUUCGCUCACUUUCUCAACCAAAAUCAAUCUCCCUCCCUCGCCGGAGUCUCUCCCGCUCCGCCACGGACAACGACGAUGAAUUACCAGAGGAGUUAGAAAAUCAGAUUGAUGAUUAUUCCGAUGACGAUGAUGUUGAUGUUAUUGCCCUCGAGCGAGAAGCAAAGGAAGUUGCACUAGAGUAUUCAAGCUCUUUAUCUCGCGUUUUGACUAUUGAAGAUGAGAGGAGUGAUGUCAAGGAAACAGGUAAAAACUCCAAGAGGAGUAAACCGAAGAGAAAAAUUAUCCCUGACAAUCUUCUACCAAGGAUUGCUAUUGUUGGAAGACCGAACGUUGGCAAGUCAGCAUUAUUUAAUCGUCUCGUUGGGGGAAACAAGGCAAUUGUGGUGGAUGAGCCUGGAGUUACGAGGGACCGUUUAUAUGGCCGAUCGUAUUGGGGAGAUAAUGAAUUCAUGGUGGUGGACACUGGUGGUGUUCUCACUGUUUCAAAAUCACAAACUACCGUUAUGGAAGAUCUGGAUAUUAGUACAACCAUCGGUAUGGAUGGUAUUCCGCUUGCCUCUAGAGAGGCAGCUGUUGCCAGGAUGCCAUCAAUGAUUGAGAGACAGGCGAUUGCAGCUGUGGAAGAAUCACCUGUUAUUAUUUUCCUUGUUGACGGUCAGGCAGGUCUAACAGCAGCUGAUGUGGAGAUUGCUGAUUGGCUACGUAAAAACUACUCAAAUAAAAGUAUCAUUCUUGCAGUUAACAAGUGCGAAUCUCCACGGAAAAGAAUUAUGCAGGUGUCUGAAUUUUGGUCCCUCGGGUUAGAACCAAUUCCAAUAUCAGCUAUAUCAGGGACUGGAACUGGAGAUCUUCUUGACCUUGUUUGUUCAGGAUUACAGAAAGUUGAGGAGCCACAGAAUCUUGUUGAAGAAGAAGAUUAUGUUCCAGCAAUUUCAAUUGUUGGUAGACCAAAUGUUGGCAAAAGUAGCAUUUUGAAUGCACUGGUUGGUGAGGAUAGAACAAUAGUCAGCCCCAUCAGUGGCACUACACGUGAUGCUAUUGAUACUGAAUUUACUGGACCAGAUGGCCAGAAGUUCCAUCUUAUUGAUACUGCUGGAAUCAGGAAAAGGACAACUGUAGCCUCAGCUGGAAGUACAACAGAGGCUCUGUCAGUGAAUCGUGCAUUUCGUGCUAUUAGGCGUUCUGAUGUUGUUGCUCUUGUCAUUGAGGCCAUGGCUUGUAUCACUGAACAGGACUACAAGAUAGCUGAAAGGAUAGAAAAAGAAGGGAAAGGUUGUGUGAUCGUUGUAAACAAGUGGGACACAAUACCAAAUAAAAAUCAGCAGACUGCUUUAUACUAUGAGCAAGAUGUCAGAGAGAAGCUUCGCUUACUUGAUUGGGCUCCAGUAGUUUAUUCUACUGCUCUAGCUGGGCAAAAUGUUGACAAGAUCAUUGUUGCCGCUAUUGAAGUCGAAAAGGAGAGAUCAAGAAGACUUGGUACUUCUAUAUUGAAUCAAGUAGUGCGGGAAGCAGUAACUUUUAAGCCUCCUCCCAGAACACGAGGUGGAAAAAGAGGGCGUGUUUACUAUUGCACUCAGGCUGCUAUAAGGCCGCCUACAUUUGUGUUCUUUGUCAAUGAUGCAAAACUUUUUCCUGAAACUUACCGGCGCUUUAUGGAGAAGCAGCUACGUUCAAAUGCGGGAUUUCCUGGUACCCCCAUUCGGCUUUUGUGGCGCAGCAGAAGAAAAAUGGAAAAAGAUGAAGGAAAAAAGGCGACAAGGCCUAAAGAAAAUUUUGCGUCACACCGUCGAAAAUUGAUAUCAGCUACAGCUACAGCUACACAGUAGGAGCAAGCAUUUUAUUGUAUAGAAUAGCUGGCUGUGGUUCUGUUUGUAUUGAAACGCGAAGGCCGUAUUUUCAGGGACUACUCAAAUGAUUCUGCUCCCUAUAAUUAACCAAGGUUAGUAAAAGCUCCACAAGUACGAACGAGUGCCAGAAGUUUGGAUGAUAAUCUUUCAUUUACAGUGAUUGUGAUCCUUUUGGUAAUUUUAGUGGGCAUUUCAAAGUUUGUAGUUUGAGGUAUUAUCACAUUCAUCCUCAAUAACUAGUAACUUUAUCUUUAGAAGUAGUUGGGUUUUUAAUUCUGUUUUUUCGGAUAUUUUCUAGGGAUUACACGGUCGUUACUCUUCGGAAUGAUGCUGAAACUUUUGCUCAGCAAUUGCAAGUAAUUUUUUAUGGGUGGAGAAAUGAAAAUAUUAUCUUGUAAAUAUAUCAUGUUCAUCAUUUGGAGAAAGAAAAGAAUAUUAAGGAUUCUUUUAAGUAGCCGUCUAAUCACAUUUAAUAUUCAUGAAAGUAUUUUAGAAAAUAAUAUCACAAUUAUUUUGUGUA